UCCUGUUUCUAGGAAAAUAGUCUGUAACUUAGAUCUUCGUAUAAUCAUCUGUCAUCAAGAUGUUUAGACACCUUCUCUCUGUGAUAAUAGUGUCCGGGCUUUUCAGAACAGUUAGUGGCCAGAUCAGACUGGUGAAUGGAACAGGACAUUGCUCUGGCAGAGUGGAGGUCUAUUACAACAACGAGUGGGGAACAGUGUGUGAUGAUAGCUGGUAUUUGAAAGAUGCUGAGGUGGUGUGUAGACAGCUGGGCUGUGGAAGAGCUCUAAGUGCCCCAGGAAAUGCUCACUUUGGUCGUGGCAGUGGGAAGAUCUGGUUGGAUGAUGUUGGAUGUUCUGGUGGUGAGAACAGUCUGACACAGUGCUCACAUGAUGGAUAUGGAAAACAUAACUGUAAACCUGAAGAGGAUGCUGGUGUUGUCUGCACUGACACAACACCCCAUCUCUCCAUCUCCCCAGCCCACUCUGCCUUCUCUCCUGGAGAGGACAUCCUCUUCACCUGCUCAGUUCCGUCCCAGAACAGAACUUCUGUUCAGCUCCUCAGGCCUGGAUCCAUCAGAUCUGACAUGAUUGGUUCAGGACAGUCCAGCACCACCUUCACCCUGCCCAGUGUGGAGCCAUCAAACCAGGGGAACUACAGCUGUCGCUACCAGACUCAGAUCAAUGGCCAGAUCACCAGCCCCUACAGUGACUCAGUCAGCAUCACCAUAGUGAGUCUUCCCACGCCCAGCAUCUCCCUCACCUCCUCCCAGACCCUGCCCCUCUGGUUGGCCCGGGGAUCAGAGAUCAAAGGACACGGCUUCUCCAUCACCUGCUCCGUCUCCUCCCAGUAUCCCGGAGGCUCCUUCUCUCUGGUCUCCUCAGGUUCCAGCAGCCCCGACCCCCAGCCCGCCCUCAACCAGUCUGCCUCCUUCUCCUUCCCCAGCGCGGAGGACGCGCACCAGGGCAACUACAGCUGUGUGUACAGGGUCGACGUCUCCGGGCGGAUGUUCUCCUCCACCUCCACUGAGGAGCUCUCAGUCACUGUCAGAGGCCUGGCAGCCUCCCUCACCCCCCUCCUGGUGUCGGUAGCUGUGGGUGUGGUCCUGCUGGUUGGCCUGGUGGCUCUUUUCCUGGUCUGCAGGAAAAGGAGAGGAAGACACACUCUCCCGAAGACCAACUUUAGAAUGCGUAAGCAGAACCCUGUAACCGUCUCAAAUACUGCACCUGGCUGCCAUGUUAACCAUUUAGGUGACACGAACCAAUAUGGAGGCAGAACGGCAGUAGGGGAUGGAGAGGAGGAAGAGGAGAACGACUAUGUCAGUGCUGAGGACGACUACGUGAAUGUGGAGGGCUUGACCUGUCAAGACGACGAUGAAGAUGAAUUCAACGACCAGACGGACCGCAAAGGUUCAGGUACCAUGAACCAAUAUGCGGAAGAGGCAUCUGAUGAAAAGGAAGAUCAUGACGAUAAUGACUAUGAAAGUGUUGAUGAUGUUUCUGAGGGGAAUGUUUCUGAAGCCAAGAACCAACAUGGAACAAUCAAUGAUGAAGAAGAUUGUGAUGAUGAUGACUAUGAAAAUGUUGAUAUUUUUGAGGAGAAGGUUUCUGAUGCCAAGCACCAACAUGGAACCAUUAAUGAGGAAGAGGAUAGUGAUGAUGAUGAUGACUAUGUAAAUGUUGAUAUUUCUGAGGAGAAUGUUGAUGGCAUACAAUAUUAGUUCUUAUGAAUAGUGUACAUGACUGGACAUUGUGUUAAAUCUGCAAUAUUUGCAGAUAUGCCAGACUUCAGAUGUGUACAUUUGAGAUUGCUAUUUGAGGGAAUAGGUUUCAAAGAUUUGGCCAUUUGAAUCUCAACAAGCAAAUGGAUGCCCCC